GUGUUGAAGCAAGUGCAUCCUAAGACCGGUAUAUCCAAGAAGAGCAUGAUGAUCAUGAACUCGCUGGUGAGCGACACCUUUGAUCGUAUAGUCUCGGAGGCCGGGCGUCUUUGUAAGUACAGUAACAAGGGAACUCUCUCUAGCCGGGAGAUCCAAACUGCGAUUCGCUUGGUCUUGCCGGGUGAGCUGGCCAAGCAUGCCGUCAGUGAGGGCACUAAGGCUGUGACCAAGUUCACUUCCGCUUGA